UAUUCCAUCGAUCUUAUUUACUUUAAAAUUUCACGAAGAAAAUUCGCGUUUACACACACAUACAUACACGAUAAAUUGCCAAAACGCAUUUAUGAUCGCGCGCCCAAAUUUACAUUUAAUAUUAUACUUUCGAAGCGUAUUUACUUUCACACACGCGUUUGUAUUCACGUAUCCAAUUUCGAUUCGAGAAAUACUCCGAUAAUUUUCGGAUCAUCGUGGAAAAAAUCGCCAGUAAUAUUUUAUUUUCGACCAUGUAUUUAAUAUUUAUGGACGCCAUUUAUUACUCUUCGUCGAUCGCGAUAAAUAGUUAUAUAUUAUAUAUUAAUAGUCUAAUAAUAAUUAUUAUUAUAUUAGGGGAGAGGAAUGUUAUAUGUACAACACCUGAUAUUUUUUUCAUUAUAAUACGUCACUCGCUUACAAUAGUUGAGAAAAAAAACAAACAUUUUAUGUAGAAUUAACUCGACGAGGAUACACAGUAUAUAAACAUUUUUUAUUCGAAAAACACGCGUAUCUCGCGAAGCAAUGGAAAGAAACACGGGAAGGCUCGUCGGACGAUUCCCGGAAUUGAUGGGUGGGGGAAAGGAACACGUGCCUCCGUUCGUCGCGAGCGACCGUCACGUAGUUGAGUUUCGAACACGCAAAGUAUCGGGCGAUCGUUGUAAUUUCGUCGGAAGAUUAAGUCUCUCGCGAACGAUAAGGUCGAUAUUUACUUAUUGUUAACGCGAAUGUCACGAAUGGGAACCACUGAUGACGCAUUUACGUUGGUCGUCGGAUAUCAAAUGCGAACGCGUAAAACGCGAAUUUUAGGAACGCCGAGAAAAAGUUUCGAGCGAAAAUAUAAUAUGUACAUCGCGAAUGUACACCGUGUUUCAACGCACGUGCCGCGAUAAUGAAUAAUUCGAUGAUACAAUGUGCUGUGAUAUGAUAACGAGUGGAAUAUAAUAUAACUGAAAUACAAAAAUAAAUCAUGCUUAUAAUGGAUCGAAUGUCGUGCUGAAUAAAUGUAUCGGGCGAUUAUUGUGGUUACGCGAAUGCAAGUGCUGCGAAUGUGUAAUCGACAUUCGAUCGAAAUUACAUUCGGUAAAAUGAAUGUCGGGAAAAAAGUCUAAGUAUCGCGAGUGUACAGUUUUUUUUUUUUAUAAUGAUUAAUAUCUGAGUAAAUAUAUAUCGGGAGUGUCGGGAGAAGUAUUGUACUAUCGUCGAAUUUUAAGUAUCGCGAUUACCGUAGUUAUUGUCAGUAAUUGAUUACUUCAAUUACUUGUGCGAUGGAUAAUCGAUCAUUGAUAAUCGAAGCUUGGGACAGGAAUGGAUCAGACAACGAGAAGAAAACAGAGAGACAACGUCUGCAGGUACCAAAAUGGACGCCGAGGCAGCGUUGUUGGAAAAUUCGCCGACUUUGUCGACGAUCUCGUCGGAUUCCACGGAUGCGACGUAUUCCGGACCCGGCUCGCCCUAUUCCCCGGAAUCACCGAUCAUUGUCACGUCCUCUUAUAAAAAAAAGCGUGACAAUGAAGUCACGCCUAGACCAACGCCCAGGCAUCUAUCCAACAAACCAAGCUUCCGGAUACGACCGCCCUACCUCAUGAUCUGCAUCAGCAUCAUCGAGACGUUCCAGCGGGCGCAAGUCGAGCGGAAAAAAAUGGUCGCGAAGCGUAAGCUUGAGGAUUUCUCAUUAACAGAACCAACCGUGUCGUGUUGAGUUCUCGAGCAAGAGGACGAAAGGAAAGCGUAAUGGGAAUCCUUCCCAAUUAUACGCGUGAAUUCACCAGAGAAUAUCCCAGAACGAUAUCCCGAGAGAUGUCUGAUGGUGAAAACUCCAAAAAGUGCGGAAUCUCUCCGUGGCUUUUUCGCUCGAUAAUAAUCUCGGAAG